AUGGUUGCAAAGAUCAUCAACCUGGCCAUGCGUGGUCUCCAGUUCGUCUGGGCCCUCCUCAUCAUGUCUCUCAUCGGUAACAUGAUCGCAACCUCCUACUCUGGCAACCCUUCGAUUGUCAACUACAGCAUGUUUGUCUCGGUCUUCAGCAUGCUUUCGCUGUUGUACCUCAUCCCCGCCAGCAUCAAGGAGUCAUUCAUGAUCCACCCUCUCCUCGUUGUUGGUCUUGAUGUCCUGAACGCCAUCUUCUACUUCUGCGGUGCUGUCGCCAUGUCCGCAUACCUUGGUGUUCACAGCUGUGGCAACAGCUCGUACACCCACAGCAACUCGAUCACCAACGGCUCUCGCGACACCAACAAGCGUUGCACUGAGGCCCAGGCUUCUACCGCAUUCCUCUGGUUCGGCUUCGCCGCUUUCUGUGUCUCUGCCGUCUUCGCUGGUCUCCAGGGCCGUAACUCCGGUGUUAACAUGCGCGGUGGUGCCGGUGGCAUCAGAAAGGGACCUGCCAUGAGCCAGGUCUAA